AUGAAGCAAAAGUUGGCCUAAUUACUUGAAAAUGUUAAACUCUUUACUAAAAGCCUUAAUUUUUCCCAAUACCAUUCAUUGUAAAUGUAUGGAAGUUUUACAAUAUGCUUUUAACAGCACAUAAACAACUUGAAGGAAUCACUAUUCACAACUGCUAAUUUAUAAUAAUCGGAAAAAGAAUUUAAAAAAUACUUUUCAAGAAUUUAGAACAGCAUAUUAUAUGGUGAAAAUUAAUCAGACGUAAACAAUUAUUAACUAAUAAAUAUUUUUGAUUUUCUCUAUAAAUUAAUGGCUGAAAAAACAGAGGAGUUAAUAAGGUCUAAGUGGUAAUUCUAAGAAAUUUAGUUUGAUUCAGAGUAUUUAGUUUAAUUGGCUAAAAAAAUACACCUACAAGAAAAUGAUGAGGAAUAAGAAGUGAAAUCAAAUCAUGAGGAUAAAUUCUCCAUCAUUUAAUAAAAAAAUGAUGAAUGGAAAAUUAAAUAAGGUUUAGUUUUAACGAUAAUUUAGAUUUCAUUAAAUAGCUUCACAGAAACAAUUACUCGAUUUUCUUAGCAAGCUCUAAUUUAAUUAUGGGUUUUAGAAAAAGAUUAAAGAGUAAGAAAUUUAUUGAAGGAUUAAAACUUAAUAAGUUUAUAGAUGUAAAUUUUGUAGAAAGUUUGGUAGACUUAAAAUUAUAGAAUUGCAGGAGAAAUGUAGAAAAUGCUGAAGAGAAUUGAUGAACUAUAAGAAUCAAUAUCUCUUGAGGCAAAUCUAAAAAAAAGAGAGCUGUACUUGUUAGAAAUGGAUGAAACAACAGCGUAACUAGAUUAAUAUAUUCAAAAUAUCAGUGAAAUGGGAUAAUAUCUUAAAUUAAUAACUGACUUUGUUAAUCAUAUCAGAAAAGGUAUGAUUAGAGUUGAGGAAAAAAUAAAUGAGAUGAAGAAAUAAUUAAAUAGCUUAGGUAAUGAGGUAAAAUUUCUUAGAGGAAAAUCUGUUGAAGAGCUUUUUGAAAUUAGAAAAUCGAGAGUAAUGAAAGAAGCAGCAAACAACAAUAUUCGUUCUCUAUUUGUACCAUUAUUUACGUUGGAGAUAUUUCAUAAAUUAGAGAAAGGGAAAAAGUAUUAAUAACGUAAUAUUUUGAUGAAUUUGGAAAAUUUUUAUGAUAAAAAAGGAGCGUUAAAUGAGUUUUUAUUAGAUGAUGAAGAAAAAGUAUUAUUAAUUCAUGGGAUAGCUGGAUCAGGGAAAAGUACAGCAGCAAAGAAAAUAGAAGAAUUUAUUUUGAAAUUGCAUGACAAUAAUUAAAAAAUAGGUAAUUAUAUCCUAAUACCUAUUUAUAUUUCAUUACCAUCUUUAAAAAUCCUGUGUUUUAAGCAGUAGAGGAAGCACAUCAUUAAGAUGAGUAUGGUUUUGAUGAGCUUUAAUAGAAAGAAUGCAAAGAGAUGUUAGAAAAGAAAAAAUUCAGAUUAUUAAUAAUUAUGGAUAGUUACGAUGAGAUGAAGUUGAAGAUAUUUAGAAAAACUUAUAUAUUAAUAAUAAACUUAAACACAAUUGGUCAAACCCACUUGUUAUUUUUACUACAAGAAGCGAAAUUUUAACAGGUAGUAAUUAUUCUCAAUGGUUUUAACCUGAAAAAAAGAAACAGUUGAAAGAAAUCUUACUUCUUAAAUUCGAUUUUCAAUAAAUACAGGAAUAUCUAGAAAAAUUUACAAUUUAAAGUAUUACAAUGUUAAUAUUUGAAAUGUAUGAAUGGUAAACAAAAAUUUCAAAUAGAAGAGUGAUUGAUAUCAUAAAAUUUGAAAUUUAUUAGAAACAAUUGUAAUAAUUUCUAAAAAAAGAAAUAUCAGGGUUGAAAGGGGAGAAUCUAUUGAAUGAAAAAUAAAUAGACCAUAUUUUAACAUUUUUGAAGAAUAAUGAGUUUAUAUCUUUAAAAAGUCAUGAUGCUUUAAGAAGCCUGAGCAUAAACUUAUAAAAACUGUGGAGUGUUGAAAAGUACGAAAAAAUUAUGAAAUAAAUCAAUCUAAAUAAAUAAGUGUUAACUCCUUUGAUGAUGGAAAUAGUAGUUUAAGUGUUGCCCCAAAUGACAACUGAGAUAAAUAAUUUAAAAUACAAUUUUAUAAAGAAUUUUUCAAAUAGGCUUAAAGAAUUCUACAAAAGUAAAUAAUUAAUUCAAAUGUAUCGAUAACAAUAGAAAAAACUGGUGGCAUCAAACUAUGAAUACGAAAACUCUGGAAAAGUUGAUUAUGAUGAAAAAUUUGAAAUUACAUUGAUUGAUAUAGAAGAUUUAGAAAAACGAAACUAUCAAGAAAUUGCAAUGAAAUUUUGGGAUUAAAUAGAAGAAAAUUCAGUACUAAUUCAAUUUUAUAUCUCAUAACAAUAUUAAAGAUUUCAGACGUAACUUUUGAAAAUAUUUUAGUAAAACCAUGAGCUAUCAAACUAAUUAUUACUAACUAAAAUUACAAUUCAAAUUGAAAAAAUAAUUGAAGUAGUUAUUGAUGCAUUCACAGAAUUAAAUUUAACAAGUUAUGAUUUUUAUGAAUAGUUUAUAAAUUAACACCAUUAGAAAUAUAUAGAGAAGUUGAGAAAAUAAGGAAAAUCUAUAAAUAUUGAUGGUUUUCUGCAUGAUUUAAAAAGAUAUUCAACAAAUCUUGCUAAAACAAUGAGUAAGAAUAAAAUAACUUAAGUGUAAUAUUAAUAAUAUGGAUUAUUAUAUAAAGAAGAAAGAGAAAAUUAAAAGUAAUGGUUAAAUGAUUUUUUUAAUGAUGAUGAUUAAUUUGGAUCCUAUAGAAAAGACAUAAGAAGUUGUUCACUUGUGUAAUCAAAUGGUUCUAACUUUAAAUUUGCCCAUAAAUCAAUAUAAGAGUUUUUAAUUGCAGCUGAUUUAUAUGAAGUGUUAGUUUAAUCAAAAGAUUUUGAUAUAUAAAUAAUGAAUACGAUAAUAGAGAUGUUGACAAAAGAAAAUAAUCAAUAGUAGAAUUGCUUAAAUUUUCUAUCAAAUUUACACUAUUAUUAGUUUAAUAAUUAAAUUGAAAAUAUACCACUGUUGGAAAAACAAAAAUAAUUUGAUACUUUUUAACAGACAUUAAUUCUUUAGGCCAUUUGA